AUGGGUGCCGUUUCGAGCACCGAGGCGGAGAGCGAACCGCUUCUGGUGCCGUCUUUAGCCGAACCGAGGCCAGUGCUGCCAACCAUAACAACAACAACACAGCACCCAGUUGUUGGCCAUAGCAGAGUGUACAAGCGAAGAUGGCUGGUUCUGACUUUGUUUUCGCUGUUGGGAUUUAUGCAGGGGAUGGUGUGGAACUUUUGGGGACCUAUACAGAACUCUGCAGUCCACGCGUUCGGUUUCACCAAACCUGACAUCGCGGUGUUGGUUCUAUGGGGUCCAGUGGGAUUCGUGCCCUGGCUGCUUUUCAUGUGGCUGAUGGAUAAAAGAGGGCUGCGGGCGUCUCUGCUCCUCGCCGCGCUCCUCAUGUUGAUGGGAUCCGUUGUAAGGAGUGUUCCUGUGAGUGAUGAGCCUCUCAGACGAUGGAUGAUCCACGGGGGGCAGUUCCUGAACGGUUUGGGGGGGCCCACCAUCAUGAGUGCGGGGCCGUACCUCUCCACCACAUGGUUCGCCCCGGAUCAAAGGGCCACCGCGACGGCCGUGGCCUCGCUCUUCUGCUACCUAGGGGGCGCCGCCUCCUUCGUGGUGGGACCCAUGGUGGUACCGGCCCCCAACAGCACUCAGCUCAAAGGAUUCUGGGCCGCAGGGGUGGGCAGCGACUCACUGAUCAGAGACAGGAUACAGCUGGUCAUGUACGGAGAGCUGGGGGCCAUCGCGGUGCUGUUUGCGGCCGUCCUGCUCUACUUCCCGUCUCGUCCUCCUCGUCCUCCCAGCGUGGCGGCGGCGAGCCAGAGACUCAGCUACCGCAGCAGCAUCUGCCGACUGCUCAGUAACGUGCGGUUCCUGAUGAUCGCGUUGGCCUAUGCGGUGCCCACAGGAGUGAUCGCCGGCUGGUCCGGGGUGUUAGACAUGGUCCUGACUCCUGCUAAAGUCAGCCAGGUGGACGCUGGUUGGAUCGGGUUCUGGUCGGUGGUCGGUGGAUGUGUGUUUGGAAUCGCGAUGGCGAAGUUUGCAGACUCCAUCAGAGGGAUGCUGAAGCUGAUCCUGGUGCUGAUGUUGGCUGGAGCCUCUCUGGCCUCCACGUGGUUCACUCUGACCUGUCUGAGCCAGUACACACACCUGCCUUCCACGGCAGCCAUCCUCUACACGUCCUGUAUUCUGAUCGGGAUCUUCAUAAACAGCAGCGUCCCCAUCUUCUUCGAGCUCUUCAUCGAGACGGUUUACCCGGUCCCUGAAGGCAUCACCUGCGGAGUCGUCACCUUCCUGGGAAACCUGGUGACGGGGCUCCUGCUGUUCUUCCUUACCUUCUACUGCACAGAGGUGUCGUGGCUGAACUGGUGUCUGAUUGGCUCGUGUCUCUUCAGCCUGGUCCUGCUCCUCUUCUUCAGGGAAACGUACGACCGCCUGUACCUGGACGUCUUUGUAUCUGUGUAA